AUCGCAAGUGAGUGUUGUACUUUUUUCGGAGUUUGAUGCUUUUUCAUUGUUAUUAUUUUAAAUCGUAAAAGAAAUGUAUUCUAAAUCAAUUAUUAAAGUGUUUCCGUGAGUUUGGUUUUUUACAAGUCCAUCGCAAGGACUUGCGAUGGACGUACCAGACGAAGGAGUGUUGGAUGUGGACUCAUUAGCCGACGAUGGGUCCGAUGAAGAAUGUGAAGCUCAGCCCUCUUCAGAUUUUUAUGCAGGACCAGCGUCAACGCCUACAUCAUGUGCAUCAUCUCCAAGAGGAGAAGAGCCAGCGUCCCCUCAUGCUGCAGUUUCUCAAACUGCAUUUUUUCAUCAAACAUACACACGCCCAUUCUUUACAUCACGUCGGGGACCAGGUAGACCCCGGAAGGAGGGAGUCAAAUUGGCGAAAGAGGGCAAAAUUGUUAGGAGAUAUAGAGGUAAUGCUGGUACAUUAAGAGGUGCUAAACGACACCGCACUAGUAGAGAUGAUGCACUUGAUGAUAUGAUUGAAGAUGAUGAUUUUACUAUGCCAGCCCCAGAAGAGCCACCUUACACGCCAGAAAAAUGGCCUGGCAAAGUAUGUGCCUUGUGUAACUUGAGUGAGCGCAGUCAGCUAGGUCAAGGAGAGAUGAAGCAAGUAGCUUGUAGCACUGAGGAGGAUGGUAGCACUACACCAGCCGUAACUUCAGUACCAAGUACUCCUACACCAACAACACCAACUAAUUUGCCAGCUGGCUUGGCAUCACCUCCAUUAGAAAUUAUGGAUGCUACUCAACAACAAGCUCUGUUGCCUUUGAGUAGGAGACAAAAGUCAUUCAACAAAUGCAAGACACCAUUAUACAACAUGGAACAUACAGAUGAAUUGUCAAUAAUCGGCCAUAUAGAUGCACUUGAUUUGCCAUCACUGGUAUCUUCAGGAAUGCUUUACAUUCAUCGUUGUUGUCUUGAGUUCAGUCCACCUUUCCAAGAUGAAGUCGCAGCCUCUAGUUCAGAAGACAAUAAAGAUCAAUUGGAAGAAGCUAGAGUCAGAGGAAUUGUAUCAGCAGCGCUUUUGAGAAAGUGUGCAUUUUGCCAACGCCAUGGUGCUAGUAUACCCUGCAAGAUGAGCUGUAGUAAAUAUUACCAUUUGCCAUGUGUUCUGGCAUCUGGAGGCUUUAUGGACUUUCAAACAAAAUCAUCAUUCUGUAAAGACCAUUUAUAUCAAGCACCCCUUGUGUGCACUGCUGAUAUUGAUUGUAGGACUUGUCGCACAAUAGGUGAUAUGUCUAACCUCAUGACAUGUGUAAUUUGUGGAGGACAUUAUCAUGGCACCUGUGUGGGACUUGCCCAGUUGCCAGGAGUGCGCGCGGGCUGGUCGUGCCGCUCGUGCCGCGUGUGCCAGGUGUGUCGCGGCGAGGCGGUCGGCGGCGCGGAGUCGCGCGCCGUCACCUGCGAGCACUGCGACAAGCUGUACCACGCGAUGUGCUUGCGGCCCGUGAUGGCCACCGUGCCCAAGUACGGCUGGAAGUGUAAGUGUUGCCGUGUGUGCUCCGACUGCGGGUCACGGUCGCCAGGCGCCGGCCCAUCGUCCCGCUGGCACGCGCACUAUACGGUGUGCGACUCGUGCUACCAGCAACGGAAUAAGGGCUCGUGCUGUCCGCUGUGUCGGCGGGCGUACCGAGCCGCCGCCUAUCGCGAUAUGAUACGGUGUACAGCUUGUCGGAGAUUUGUUCACGGAAUGUGUGAUCCGGAUGCAGAUCCACAACAGUACAAACAGAAGAAGGAUCAAAAUCCAUCAUAUGAAUACACAUGCCCAUUAUGCAAAGCACAUAUGCAGAUGGCAUCUAAGUCAGGAUCAUUUGAAGAGGACAACAUGGCAUCUACAUCACAAGAUUCAUCAUUUGGAGACGAAAAUUCACAAGAACAAGACCCUCUUGCAAUAGAGCUUAAGUCGGAUGUAGGAUUGGGAAAAGGGAAACCAUUCUCAGUAUCAUCUAAGGUUGCAAAGAAGAAAAUUGGUGGUUUCAAAUUGAAGGGUGGGUUUCCACCGGCCGGUAAACUGGGCUUUCAGAAACGACAACGCUCAGUCCUUGAGUUUGGCAGAAAGAGGGGAUCGAAGCCGAAAAUGAGGGGUGUUUUCGGGGUACCAGGAUUGGGUCUCCAGAGACCACAGGCUCCAGAUAAUAAGACUCCUGAAGAUGAUCCAGGGGUUGAAAACAAGUUAGUUCUAUGUUCAAGUAAGGACAAGUUUGUACUGACUCAAGAUUUAUGUGUGAUGUGUGGUGCUAUUGGAACUGAUUCUGAAGGAUGCCUAAUUGCUUGCGCCCAGUGCGGACAGACAUAUCAUCCAUAUUGUGUUAAUAUAAAGGUGUCGCAAGUGAUAGUAUCGCUGGGCUGGCGCUGUCUGGACUGCACGGUGUGCGAGGGGUGCGGCUCGCGCGGCGACGAGGGGCUGCUGGUGCUGUGCGACGACUGCGACACCGCGUGGCACACGUACUGCGCGCGGCCGCAGCUCGCGGACGUGCCGCGCGGCGCGUGGCGCUGCGAGCGCUGCCGCCGCUGCCUCGUGUGCGGCACGCGGGACACGCAGCUGUGGUGCGACAACUAUACGGAAUGUGCGCCGUGUGCCUCACUGGUGAUGUGCUGUGUGUGCUCGGAGCCGUACUCAGACGGCGAGCUCAUCAUACAAUGCGUGCCGUGCGCUCGCUGGCUGCACGCCGCCUGCGAUAACAUCCGCUCUGAGGCUGACGCGGAGCUGUGCUGUCGUGCUGGAUACAAAUGUGGGCUGUGCCGCGGUCGCGACGUGCCCCCCCCGCACUUGGCGCGCGCCAUAGAGCCCGCAAGCUCCUCACAUAACUUGUCGAGCUCGGUGAAACCCGCGGGACGACUCACCGCAUUAGCCUUAGGUCUAGCUGGGGAGUACUAUGUGGACGACGUGUGUCUGUCCCAGCGAGGGGCGCACCAUAUGAAACAGCUGGAGGCGGAGUUGGGAGUUACGCACACGCGCCGCAAGAGGCGCUUCAAGCACGAGAAUACGGAGAAGGACGCCGAAAUAAUGGCAUCUAUUGAAACAGUGGUUCAGAACUCAGAAGCAGAUGGGGGUGAUGACAUCAAGCCCGACACCACUGCUGAAGUUAAGGAAGAACCAGGCUUGUCUGCAAACGCUAACCUCAAAGAGGGCAUACUAUGGAACGUGGCGAACGAUGGGCCGGUCCCCGAGGGAUUCACUAUCUACACCACCGACUCGGGGCUCACAGUACUGCGAAGGAAAAGACAGAGGAACCUCAACAAGCUCGGCAUUGGCGGGUUCGUUGUGCGACAGAGACAGACGACGAAGGCGCAGAACGACGACGAGAAAGAGGGGGACGGCACUCAACAUUCUGGGGAAUCGCCGAGUAACAAACGAAAACCCAGACGUAAACCACGUUCUAAGCUGAUGGAACAAUUUCCCUCGUACAUGCAGGAAGCAUUCUUUGGGAAGGAUCUAUUGGAGCCAACCAAACCUGCAGGUGAAGAAGGCGCGCGGUCACCAGAGUUGGGUGCGUUGGACAAUUCGGACUCGGACGGCGAGGACGUGCUCGCCGCGCUCUGCGCGUACGCGGACCGCGACGCCGCCGCUUGCAUCUCGCUCUCGCAGGAAGAAGUGGAAGUGCUCACCUCCCUCAAGCCUAAAGAAGAGAAGGAUGAAUUAACGAAUGCAAUGGGUCUCGAUGGCAACAUAAAAAUAAAGACUGAAGGUACUGAGGAUGGCCAAUUGAAGCAUACCGAAGACUCUACAGCACUCAAGAAUGCUAUACUUGGACCGCAUCAUGCAGAGAUCGAACAAACGCCAACAAGCACUGAUGGAGUUGCCCCAAUGCCGCCCAAAACUGAACCUAAUACUGAAAGCGCUGUAACAUCCCAACCAGCUAUAUCACCUAAGGAUGAAUUGUCCCUCCUUGGUGUGAAUCUAGAUGCAAUGGUGCGGGACACUCUACCUGACAUGGACAGCAAUGAUGUGGAUGAAAUAUUUAAGGGUGUUCUUACAGAUGACUCGCAGGAAUCUCAAGAAUCUUCGGUUUCUUAUGUAAACAAUAUGGCCGGAACGCCAUACUCGCAACAGAGGCAGCAAUUACAGAGCCCUAUGGAGUACACUUCGCCAUAUCAUCAUACAGAUUUCGGAAGCAGCGGUAGCAGUGCAUUGAGUCCUUUAUACUCAGAAAGCGGAUCCGGUACAAAUUGGCCUGAACAAAGUAACGCGCCGCCGCCAUCAUACAACCAACGUAGUGCUGAUAAAAUGCGAGCUGACGAGAGUCUAGGCUCCGCAGCGACCAUAUCAGCGGUGUUGUACGCAAACACCAAUCACCCGGAAUGGAAAACUGAAUUCCCAAAUUGGGUCGAUCGUUGCAAGCAAAUAUUGAAGAAAUGGCGCGCCCUGCCCGCGGAACAAAAGGCACCGUACCUGCAAAGGGCGAGGGACAACCGCAGCGCGAUACGGAUGAAGAAAGCCCAGCAGAGUUCGAGCGGGCCGAGCGUGGAGGGCGAGGCGAGCACCACGCCGCCCGCGCCCGCGGCCCCGCCCCCGCCCCCGCCCGCGCCCCCAGCCGCGCCCACCGCACCCGUCAGCGCCGUCAGCGUCCCCGCCGCGAACGUGCCCAACGUCAGCGGCGUCAGCAACGUCAGCACCGUCGGCGGCGUCGGCGGCGUCGGCGUCGGCGUCGCGAGCACGGAUCAAGAGCGGGCAUGUAACCAACAAAGGAGCGCUCGUGAAGCAGAACAAGAGCGGCAGUGGAAGCAGCUGCAACAAAUGAGGCAGCAACAGACCCAACAACAACAACAGAUCAUACACGAUCAGAGGAUACAAGCAGCCAUGCAGCGAUUGCGCACGGAUGGCAGCCCCCCGGCAGGUGCGGUGGGCCCGCUGCCCACCACAGUGCUGACAGCGGCCGCGCAGCCCGUGAACGCGCCCGAAGCGCCGCGAAGCGCUUUUCCCGCUCAACGGUUCCCGCUGCACUAUGCGAACGCGGACGAUAAUAUCAAUCGCCAGUUGCGGGAGUUGUUGCAGCGCCAUCCGGAGAAGAUGUGGCCGCCGCAGUCCCACGAAGAGGGUGAAGGCGUCGGAUUUCGGCUGCCACUGCCGGUGGGCGGACACGCGUUGCGUCCGCGCGCGCCCGCACUGCCGAUGCACCGAGCGGACCAACAGCCCCAACUGAUAAUGCAUCAACGUCUUAUGACACCAGAUGGUAAUCAAAACCAACAAAACAUUGCCAAUGUAGCGGCUCAGCAGAAUAUGGAGCAGAAACAAAAUAUCCAAUCUCAAUCCAACAGCUCAAGUGGAGACAACAAAGAGGAUGGUGGUCCAGAUCAAGGUAGUGAUGAAAUGGAUAUUGGCGAUAUGGAUAAAUUGGAACAGGACCCUGGCAAUAUUGGAGAGGUGGAUAUACUAACCGGUCUGGGUGCGGAAGACGACGAGAAGCUUCUAGAAUCUCUGACAGCUGAGAUUGGGGAACAGUUCAAUAUACUUGAGUAUGCGGAUCCGGAGUUGGCGGCGCUGCAUGCGGCUGAUCACCUCUUAGACUCGCUUGAUCUACCUGAUGACCAUCACAAUACAAAUACGAGGCGGAACGACGGCGACCAAAAAUCCGAUAACAAAAUGAGCAAUGAAUUGCAAAAUGCUGUAAAGAAAAUUGAAGCAAAAUCGGAGAUUAAAUCUGAGCUUGUUGAAGUUAAAUCUGAAGUGGUGGAAAUGAAGACGGAAGUAAACACUCAAAAUCCGGGGCAAUUGUUUCAAGAUGGCGUUCAAAGAGUUAUUACGCAUAACCAACAGAUUGCUUUGCAGGGGGGGUUGUGGGUGUGGGCGAGGGCUGACCUGCAGCAGCAGCGGGCGGCGCGGCAGCCAGUCGGGCCACGCCUCGCACAUCUCAUACGCCAUCUGACGCCACAACCAAUCACCGACAUGCAAACAACACGCAUUGCGUACAACGCAUACCUGCUGCGGGUAAGGCGGCGGCGGCGGCUGGUGGUGUGGCUGAUGUUGCUGGUGCUGUUGGUGUUGUUGGUGCUGCUGGUGCUGUUGAUGCUGCUGAUGUUGCUGGUGCUGCGGCGCGUGGUGAGCGGCGUGCUGCGCGGGGGGCGGAGCCGAAGCUGCUGUAGGGUGUAUAGCAGGGAGGGAGUAAGGCAGCGAGUAGCGCACGAACCGGAGUGCGGCAGCGCGGUGAGCAGCACGGAGCGGUCGUGGCGCACGACGCCGACGGCGCCGUCCGCGCCGAGCAGCUUGGUGCCGGGCGCGAUGGAGCGGCCCGCCGCCAGCGCCGCCUGCACCUGCGCCGUCAUCGCGCUCACUAUGCUCGCCGCGUUCGCGCUCGUCACGCUCGAGUUGCCCUGGAUAUUUCAUCCCCCGCCCGCCGUGCCGCUGUACGGCGGGGCGCCUCCGCCCGCGCCCCCGCCGCCGCCCGAGCGCGCUGCCAGCGAGGCGGACCUGCACGCGCGCCACGUCUACGAGCAAUGGCUCAAGAACUACAACGCGUAUGCCGCCGAUCAGCUGCGGUACUACGAGGCGGAAGUGCAAAAACUCCGCAAGAUACGCAAGUCCCUGAACAGCAAGCAGCGCCAGUUGAGGAAGUCAGGAAAUGAAUUGAUGCCGAAUGAUGCAGCUGAGCUUCAGCGAGUCUCCACAGAACAGCAAGCUUUACAAAAACACUUGGAAGCUGCCAGAAAACAGGCUAGGCAGCAUAGUAUGCUCAUGCAGGAAUACGAGACAAAACAACGUCAACAAAAUCCCCAGCUUGCACAACAAACAGUUAUUAAUCAACAACAAAUUACGACAAACCAAGGCGCCUUCAAUCAAAAUCAAAACAUCGGACAAUCUCCACAGUUACAGCAACAAGCCACAAUAAAUAGAUCUAUGCAAAUAGGGCUACAGGGCUCGUCUAUUCAGCAACAACAAACUCUUAUACGAACCCAACAAACACUUCUAACUUCUGAUGGCCAGCCUUUGCAGCAACAAAGGAUUGGCUUGGUGACGUCACCACUUAAUGCUCAAGGAAGAAUUCUUCAAGGCGGCCGUACCCUCGUCAUAGAACAAACGGGGGCGCCACAGCAGCAACUAGUUAGACAAUUACCCGGGGUGCAAGAGCGGGCCCAAUCUGUUGGAGGAAUUGUACAAUUCGGUCAACAGCAAUUGCGAAACAGCAUGCCACCAGGCAGUCAGACGCCGCGACCAGCUGGAUCAAGACCAGCAAUGUCGCCACUUCACGUACAAUCACCACACUCUCAGUCUCCGCUACAUUCGAUAGCCCCUCAGUCACCUUUGCACCAUCUAACUUCCCCGAUGCAAUCGCCGCUACAUUCGCAACAAUCCCCGCUGCAUCACACGUCCCAGUCGCCGUUACAUUCAUCUACUCAGUCUCCCCUCCACACGCAACAGUCGCCGAUGCAUUCACAACAAUCUCCGAUGCACGUACAGGCGACCAGUCACCCUCAGCAAAGUCCAAUGCAUCCACAACAGAGCCCGAUGCAUCCUCAACAGUCUCCGAUCCACCAACAAUCACCGAUGCAUACGCAAAAUCAAAUGACUGCGCAUUCACCGAUGCAUCCUCAACAGAGCCCGAUGCAUCCUCAACAGAGUCCGAUGCAUCCUCAACAGAGUCCAAUGCAUCCUCAACAAAGCCCGAUGCACCCACAGCAGAGUCCGAUGCAUCCACAACAAAGUCCGAUGCAUUCUCAGCAGUCGCCUAUGCAUAUACAACAAUCUCCUAUGCAUACACAACAAUCGCCGAUGCAAUCAUCAAUGUCGCCGCAACAUUUCUUACAACAGCUUCAAGCUCAAAGAACGAGUCCCCAAUUGCCUACACCCAGUCGCAGUCCCCAGAUUUAUCAACAAUCACAAAUACAAAGUCCGGUGACGUCGCAUUCACCUCAAUUACAAAAUAGCGAUUAUGGUGCGGGAAGGUUUCCUCGGCCGGCCCCAGGAUGUUCACCUCUUCCAACUAGAUUUGCUAGACCCCCGCAUCACCAACAAGGUAUGAGAGUUGGAGUGCCUUUUGGUUCACGACAGCAAACUUCACCACUAGGAAGUCCACAACCUUUGCCUUCACCAGGAAAUACUUCCAAUGAAAUUGCUCGGCAGCAGAUGCUCCAACGCCAGCAGUACAGCCCCAUGGGCGGCGCGCCGGCGUCCCCGUCGGUGUCCCGGUCGCCGCACGUGGCGCGCACCCCCACCCCCUCCGCGUCGCCCGCCGCGUCGCCCGCGCCGCUGCACGAGCACGGCGGCGGCCACCACCACCACCUCGCGCCCUUCCCGCCCGGCUACAGAUACUUCAAGCCCGGCCUCUUUGGUGGCGCUCCUCCUUGGCCGACGAAGGAAGAUGAGCGACGUCGGCCCGCUCACGUCAGCAAAAUAUCUAUUCUUAAAAGAGGCUCCGCUCCUCGCCCCAGGUUCGCCGGCAAGACGGCCGCUCCGGAUCCCCAGGAGGAAGGCGAAACGAGCGACGCAAGGAAAUACGUUAUUUAUUCUAAUGAUGUCGAGUACGCGACGGACGCGAGGAUGAGCUUCGCAAAAGAUGAUGAUCUGGAACAUCUCGUGGAACAUUUAGAAGAAGAUGAUAUAGUCGUCGUCGAGCCCGGAGCUAUAUCACCCGAAGAAAGAAUAGCUACAGAGGAAGAUUUUGAGGAAUUGAUUGACAGUGGAAAACCAGAAGAUGAGGCUGAAGAAGAAGCCUCUCAUGAGAAAGCACUUACUAGAACUGAAACAACGACAAAAACUGUCGCCGUCAUUAGCUUAGCGACAGCUAAACAGCCGUCGAGUAACUUACAACAGUAUAAACUAGUAAACACUUCUCAAAGUUCGACUCUCUCGCGUCUACCUGUCUUGAGCGCAACGGUUCUUUCUCCUCACUCGAAUACAAAAAUAUUGAAUGAAGUUUCACAGGCUACAGUAGCUUCGGUGUCUAUAGCGAAUCAAACUAUUUCCGUGCCAGUUUUGAAAAAUCUAUCUGUGCCUAUUGGUGGCGUCGCUGGACAUAGCAGUGGAUUGCCCAAAGCACAAAUUAAAAAAGUACCAUUGAAUAUUACAAAUCAACAACUUAAUUUGUCAUCUCAGCCGCUUAACAAACCCAUGAGUUCAGUAAUAAGUGUAAUUUCCUCCAAUGUGCCGAAAGGAUCGUGUAUUAACCCAGUUAUUACUCUCGCCACAUCAAACACAAUCUCUGGCCAAUCACGAGUUCCCGUAACGAUCAUGACGCAGCACCAAGUAAAGCAAAAGAUUGUUAAAACCAUUGAAAAACCGAUGGCACUAUCACUGUCUAAUACUAAAUUGUCGAGUUUAUCUGUGACACAUGAUGCUACACUGCCCGCCAAAAUAUUUCAAGAUGAUGCUGCUUCUCCUGACAGUACAGUGACAUCUGAAAGUAGCCAAGAAGGACAAAAUCCUGUUUCAUCAACAUCCCAACAUAACAUUAUGUUGUCUACUAUGUCUCAAGAAUCUUCAUCAAAAGAUACAAAACCGAUGUCACAUAAUAUUAAGGAUUCCAACAGAGAUAUUGAUAUUGAAAAUGAAAUAAGUCAGCAAACUGAGUUGCCUCAUACUCUCUGUCUAACGGACAGAACGCCUCUCCUUUUAGGAAAAGCUGACAUAAAGAGUCCAGAUCCGAUUCCAGAGAAAAUCCCAGACAAUAUAAUGGAGGGAGAUGAUGAAGACAAACCGGAAGAUAAUCUUCAAAGUAACUUACUGUUACCAUUUAGUAAGUCCGGUCAUGAACUUACUUCAGCAUCAGAAAAGAAAGCAGAUGAAAAUGUUGUAAAAACAAUUAAAGCUAUUGCCAAUCAAACUAAAGAAAUGGUUAUUGAUUCUAAUAUGCAGAUAUCAUCAGACAUGGCCCAAGAAUCAGUUCAGAUAUCAAUACCAUCGCCGACUCCUUCCCAAGAGCGCUAUCUUAACGAUAUAACAAUGCGAGAGCAUUCGGAAGCUGUAGAGGGUAAUCCUAAACAUGUAGAAUCAUUUGAAGAUAUGCUUUGUAUGCUUGAUAAUAUUGGUGAUGAAGGUAAGACUUUUGGUACUAAGCAACAACAGACUAAGCUAACGAAUCCGACAACGGUUCAUAAUCCUAGCAAUCCAAUAAAUAAUCAAAGUACACAGCAAGACAAUAAAGAACCACAGGAACAGCCUUCAUUCACAUCAAGAGAACAAGAAAGAUUAAAUAUGCAAUCUGCAAGUGUGCCGCAAUUAUCGCCCUUAUCUCAACCCGCUGAGAUGACAUCCAAUAUGGCUAGUGUAUCACAACAGUUGAGAACUAUCAUGUCGUCACUAAAUACAAGUACCGCAAAAGUGGAAUCUCAAACUAUAACAAGAAAAAUAGGUGAUGCAACGACUCCUACGCAAGUUAAUUAUGAGAGUUUAUUACCAUCUUCAAAAGUUGAGGUUGCCACAUCGAGACCGUCUCCCAUUCAAAGAAUUGAAAAACCACCUACAUCAAUAACAGGGACAGUAGAAUCAAUGUCGAUCAGUGCUGCCCAAGCAUUUGGAUCACGCGUAAACACAUUAUCAACAAUGGGACAGAUGCGAAAGUCGCCUACUGUGUCACCAAUUAAUUCGCCCGUGAAUAUGCAAAGCUCUUUAAUGAAGUCUCCAGCUCAAUCACCGCUUAUAACAAACCAUACAUUUAACCCCAAUGAAGAAUCCAAUGUGUCUUCUAUGCCAUCGCAAAUAAUUCAAAUGCCUGCUCUUUCAAAAAUUCAAAGCAACUUAAGCAAUCCACAAAUUAUACAUUCUCAUAAUACAAUUACAACAAGUAUUAGUAGUUUUCAGAAAUCUCAAGUUUUGCCAACGAGUAUAUUAGGUCACACUUUACUUCAACCUGCCAGGCAAAUUAAUACUAGCAACUUGCAAUUUAAUUCUCAGAAUAUAAGUUCCAGUCAACCUCCAGCACUUGUAAUGACGUCGAGGUCCAUAAUAAGUAAUAAGGAGCCAGCUCCUAAUGUAACAGUUCGUACCCAUAGCAUUGUAAAUCCAGCAUUGAGUCAAAUGCAAGUUAAGCAAACUCAAGGACCUCUAAAUUUUAUAACUUCUUCAAAAUUGUUACACACGCAAUUGACAUCACCUUUGAAAAGAUCUAAAUCAACUGAUGAACCGAAAAGCGAAGUUAUUGUGGGGCAUAUUCAACCUACAAAGCGUCAUAGUGUAGAGUCUGUUAUUGUAAAAUCAGAACCCAUGGAAACAGAUGAAACUAAUUCGUCGACUGCAUCUGAUAAUGUAGCUAAUAAAAAUUCACAACAAUCGAGCGCUAAUCAAAGAAAUGAUGAAUCACAAAAUGUAUUGUUGAAGCAAUUGUUGCAAACCACUACGACAACGUCAAAUGUUGUACCACAAAGGACAGUAACAAUUCAAAGAACUGCUCCAGCGCUUGGUACAAUACCUUCACUAGAAGCGCAAUUAGCUAGACCAUCUAUCCCUCCGCCUACUUUGUCGUUGACACAGGAUGUAGAGAUACCCAAAAAUUCACCAAGGCACAUUACAAGCAUCAGUCAACCUUUUACAAGUCGAUCAAUAACGACGAUUCCCACGUCUUCUAUGUCACCGAUGCUGCAAUCAUCCACGCAGUCUUUAAUGGAUGUUAGAAAACAGCCUGUGAAGUUGUUAAAUAAGGAAGACACUACACCAAUUCCCGAAUGUUCUCCCACAAUGAAGACUAUGCCGAUGUACCCAAUGAGUGUAGAAAGCCAACAAAUGUUACAACAACAAAUAAUAAAGAAGGAGGUUCUUCCUCCUCAACAGAGUCCGGUACAUAGACCUUUUACACCCAUGGAUGUAAAAAAAGAACUUCUUGACGAAAGCUCUCAGCAGUCUGCUACAUCUGGUGUCUCAACUGCAUCCGAUCAAGGAAAGCUUGACCAGCCAAUGAAAGAAGAAUUCCCUGAAAGUGUAAUUAUGGACAACGCCUCGGAAAUUAAUCCUUCCGAAACGCCAUCUGAGGCGAAGAAACGUAAGAGGAGGGAAUAUCAACAGAAAAAACGAAAACAACUACAAAUGAAUUUAAAGGCUGCGGCCGAAAAUGGUAUUCACGCUGCUGCGAAGAAACGUCCUCGAAAAGGUUCUAGGUAUGAAGAAGAUUAUGAUACCUUUAUUGAUAAUUUAAUGGCUCAGCUACGUCUGUUACCCCCCAUGCAAAUACAGGAACCAUCAUUAACAACUAACUUUGCUGUUUGUCCUUUAUUUGGAUCUGGAGAUUUGACUAAAUUAAAGAACAAAGAUUACGAUAUUUUGAAAGGAGAUUUAUUAGGAGAUUUUGGAAACGCAAAGAUACCGAACGUUGCUGAUUAUUAUAACACCAAACCAUUCGGAGAGGAAGAACCAUUGCCUGAAAAACCAACAGCAUCGACGCAAAGAGGCUUUUACGAUCAAGAAUUUCAACCAAUACUAUUUGAAGAGGACCCCGAAGAUAAAAAGCUUGAUUUCAUUUGUAAAGAACGAGAUACAGAUACUCCUGAUACUAUAGUUAGUUGUUCGAGUCCUGAAGGUUUUGAAGUCGAACCAGAUGAUAGGUUCCCAGGCCUUAAAUUAAUUGAUGAUGACGAUGAAGAGGAAGACGAAGAUAUGCUUUUGUCUGGACGUGUUUCACCCAUUAUACCCCUUAUUGCACCUAUUCCAAUUCGUGUUAAACCCUUGUCCUUGUAUCAAUUGAGAGACGAAGAAGAUGGUCAAAAGCAUAUAAAGUCUAUCGAUGGUGACUCCCUUGUUAAGACUAAGAUGGAGGGUUCCCCAGGAAAUACUGAAAAUAAUGAAAACGUCACUGUAACCUUAACGUUAACUUCAGGGGCUGCUGAAGACAUACUGGGGGUUCUCAAAGAGCUUGCUGGAAUAUUGCAUAUUCCGCCACCGACAUCAUAUCAAAUCGUUGAACGAACAGCUACCCCGCCAUCACAUAAAUUAGGUCUGUAUAGGUCAAAGGGAAAAGAUGGAAAAGAAGGAGCACCAAUUGACAUACAAAGCAUUCUAAAUGGAGCUGCAAAGUUCUGUCGACAUUGCGAUGUUGUCAUAUUAGAUUCAGUGGUUAGAGCUAAAGCUUCCGAAUUUCCAUUGCUAGCAGCAAACAAAGGCAACGCCGAAGAAAUACUGUGUGAUAGUGAUUCAGAGUUGUAUUUCUGUAGCACUCAAUGUUACGAAAGGUUCGCUUGGAGACCCACGAAUAUAAUUCUUGACGGCAAAAGUAAAGUAUCGAUAAAAGAAGAUAGCAAAUCUGACAUUGAAACGAAUUUAUCGAAAGAUCGUGAUGAUUUUGAUACUGCUUCAACGGAAAGUAUGGAAACCGAUGAUUUGGAUAUAAAACCAGAUAUUAAGGAUGAAAAAAUGGACUUGUCUUUUAUGGAUUCAUUAGAUAACGAUGAACUAAUGAAAGAAGUGGGUGAUGAUGUUAGCGCGCUGGAUGAAGAUUUGAAAAGUGAACAAGACGAAAAGAGUAAUCAAAGCGUGGAGAAAGAAAAAUAUAAGGGAAUUCGUUACAAAUUAUGGGCACCAGGUUGUAUCGGACCGCCCGUUAAAUACAAACGACCAACUGAUAGAGAGCUCACCGAGUUGGUGUUUCGCACUGGUGUUGCUAUCAUGCCAGUUACGAACGAGGACUUUCGAAAGUGUGAGCUAUGUGGCAUUCAAGGAGACGGUGUGGCAGACGGGGUGUCGAGGCUACUCAACUGCGAUGUAGAUAGAUGGGUGCACUUAAAUUGUGCGUUGUGGUCUGAAGGCGUAUAUGAAACUGUCAGUGGGGCUCUUAUGAAUGUGGACAAUGCUCUCGCGGCUGGUUCAAACGCGACGUGCGCAGUGUGUAGAAGAUUGGGAGCGACCGUGAGAUGUUUCAAAGUUAGAUGCGGAAGCGUUUACCAUCUUGGAUGCGCUGUGAAAGACAACUGCGUGUUCUACAAAAACAAAACUGCGUUCUGCAAUUCACAUGCUCCUAAGAACGAGAAAGACAACGAGCUAACAACUCUAAGUGUACAACGACGCGUGUACAUAUCACGCGACGAGCAACGCCAAGUCGCGUCUGUGAUGCUGCACUCGGACACAAAUCACCUGAUUCGAGUGGGAGGCCUCAUCUUUUUAAGCCCGGGACAUCUGCUACCGCAUCAAUUAGCUGCAUUCCACACGCCUAACUAUAUCUACCCUAUUGGAUAUAAAAUAGUCCGUUUCUUCUGGUCGAUGAGCCGCGCGAACAGCCGCUGCCGCUACGUGUGCUGGAUAUCGGAGGAGGAGGGCAAGCCGCGCUUCCACGUGCGCGUGCAGGACGACUCGCGCCACGAGAUGUGCGCGCCCACGCCGCGCGCCGCCUGGGCCGCCGUUCUCGAUGCAGUGGCAACUUUAAGGGAAGGAAGAAAUGAGGAUGGCAUUUUGAAACUGUGGCCAAACUAUGUGACUGGAGAAGAUUUGUUUGGUCUCACUGAACCAGCUGUCGUCAGAGUUUUGGAAAGUUUACCCGGCAUCGAGACGCUGACGGACUACCGCUUCAAGUUCGGGCGGUCGGCGCUGCUGGAGGGCGGGCUGGCGGUGAACCCGUCGGGCUGCGCGCGCAGCGAGGCGCGGUGCGCGCGCGCCUGGCGCCGCGCCGCGCGCUCGCUCGUGCCCGCGCAGCCGCCGCCCGCCGCGCUCGACUCGCCCGCCUGCCCCUACUCCAAGCAGUUCGUGCACACCAAGAGCAGCCAGUACAAGAAGAUGAAGCUCGAGUGGCGCAACAACGUCUACCUGGCGAGAUCGAAAAUCCAAGGUUUAGGACUGUACGCAGCACGAGACCUGGAGAAACACACUAUGGUUAUAGAGUACAUUGGCGAGAUCAUCCGCUCCGAACUAUCCGAAAUUAGAGAGAAACAAUAUGAAGCUAGGAACCGCGGCAUCUACAUGUUCCGGCUGGACGAGCGGCGCGUGGUGGACGCGACGCUGUGCGGCGGGCUCGCGCGCUACAUCAACCACUCGUGCCAGCCCAACUGCGUCGCCGAGACCGUCGAGGUGGAUCGCCACCUGCGCAUCAUCAUCUUCGCCAAGCGCCGCAUCUCGCGCGGCGAGGAGUUGGCGUACGACUACAAAUUCGACAUAGAGGACGACGCUCACAAAAUAAUGUGCAUGUGCGGCGCGCCCAACUGCCGCAAGUGGAUGAACUAAACUGUAUUUCAGAUGAUUAUCAAUCGACUUCAAUGUUAUACGAUGGAUAUUCCUACAUUGCGAGUCGGUCGUAUAUGGAAGGUUAUGAUGCGUGUAUAGUUGGUAAUAAGUAAAGGCUAUGAGUGUUAGUUAGAUGUACCAAAGUGAAAUCACUCAAACGUAGUCAAAUUGUUGUAAACACGUAACGGUAUACACUUUUAAGCUCAUGUGUGAUCUAUUUUAUAAGACUAUAAUAAUUUUACACGAUAGUUUUGAUUAAUUUGUACGUGACCACUCACAGAGGUUAAAUAGUUUAAUCAUAAUUUUAUAUAAAAAUCAUUGUUAUUAUUAAAAGUUUUUAGACGAGAGUUUUCCGAAUAUAUGAUUAGGUGUUUCUGUAGAAUUAAGCUAUAAUUAUUAUUAUUUUUUUUACUAUUCAGUCUUUAUAAAAUAUUUCCCUUUUAUUUUGAAGAAUUUUUAUCACUUUCGAAUGUUUAUUUACUGUUGCUAUCGACUUAAUUCUAUCUAAAAUAAAUAAUAUGAAUAUGUAUAUAUGUAGGUAAAUUUAAUAAUUCUCUUUAUUGACUUGAAUGAUUUUUGACUUCAUCAAAAUAGGACGAUGAUGAAUAUUAUAUUUUAUGAGUUACAAUAAUCUCAUGCGAAUUUUAUCGUAAAUAAGUUAUCUGUUUGCAUUUAGUGACGCGCGAUUCGUUUAGCUGUAGUUGUGUAUACGAUCUGUCUUUUAGGUUAUUUGUCUACCAUUUCAUUGUUUUAACUACAUAUUA